UUUUCAACCAGUGAUGUAGCCGCCUUGAGUAGAUGUGCUAUGGUCUGUCGUACAUGGGCGAAGAUCUGCCGUCCCUUGAUGUUUGAGCCCCUAAAAAUCGAAAGCGUAGUCAAGCUACAUCGCUUGGACGCCAUAUUCCGCUCUUCGAGGGCCUUGCAUCUUCCGCGCGAGGUGCGCGUAAGCGGCAGGAGCGAUCAACUCGGACACAACUCGGAUAAGCCCCCAAGCUUCGCCCUGGUUUUAUCAUCUUUUGGCAUCCAUCUCCACCAAGCCGAGCUCAUCAGCCUCUUUGAAUCUCGGUACUCCAGCUCAGAAAUGAUUUGCGCGCCACCAUGGAUUGAGACCAGAAUCCAAGCUCUUCUACGUCCGCUCCGAGAACUCGUUUCCCUGAAUAUGGACGAUCUGGAAUUUAAAUCUUUGACGCAGUUCCUUCGCAUUAUCCGUGGCCUACCUCGUAUCCGAGAUAUUAGCCUGAAGAAGAUAAAGGUCUUGCUGGCUCCUCAACACUUCUUCUGGCCGCCAUCGGUCACUCUGACAGAGCUGCAGACUUUCCAAGUACAAGAGUGCCAGGUACCCACAUAUGCAAUUCUGGCAUUGACCUCGCUCGGAAUCCUAGGCAAGCCGAGCUCGAGCUCUUCACUCGCUGUCGCAUUGCAGCAUCGUCAACGAGCAAAUGGGAUCCCAUUGCACCACGACGAUGAAGAUGCCAUCUUGCAAAUAGCUCAAGCUUUAGGACAUCUGCACACGUCGUUUGACAACGAUGCUAAGCCUGAGACAUCGCGAUACAGCCUUACUCUUAAUGGUAACCAAGGACAAAAAACCACUCGGUACCUGGAAGGUGAGAUUCAUUGA